AUGAGAACCAAGAAUCGGUUGGCUCUUGAUACCAUGUUAACAGAAAUGAAGAGUUGCAGAAAGAGCAUAUAUGAUAUUGCGCUAAACGUGAAUACAUUUGGAGUUCUUCAUGUGUUGGGUUUCGCAAAGAAAUGUUUAAAAUUGGAGAUGCUUCUCCAUAUAUCAACCGCUUAUGUGUGUGGUGAAAGGGCAGGAAUCAUAGCAGAGAAAUGCUCAUCUUUUUUAAUGGAUGACAGAGAAAAUUUCGAACUACAUGAAAAGAACGUGAUGGAGGAGAAGUUAACUGAAUUAAAGGCACAAGAUGCUACUGAAGAAACUAUUACAAGCACCAUGAAGGACUUUGGCACUGAAAGGUCUAAAUUUUAUGGAUGGCCAAACUUGUAUGUAUUCACGAAGGCGAUAGGAGAAAUGAUUCUAUAUUGCUCAAAAGACAAUGUACCUGUAGUCAUCAUCCGCCCAACCGUGAUUACAAGUACUUAUAAGGAGCCAUUUCCAGGGUGGAUUCAAGGUUUCAGGCUGUGUGAAGGACGGAAACCUCUCGGAGGCUCUGACCUUUUUCAAGUACACUCUCACGAUGCAGUUUCCAACUCACAGCAAGGGAAGAACGCUAUGGGAGCCUCUUUACAGGCAUGUGGGUGCCACAAGGAUGUCGAAACCGGACGCAAAGUCCACAACUUGGCUGAAGAGGAAGAACUUGUUCUAGUGGAAUGCGCUUGCAAUGCGUUGAUUGCAAUGUAUGGGAAAUGCGGGUCAGUUGAGGAUACAGCUAAUGUGUUCGAGAUAAUGCCUGAGAAGAAUUUAGUUUCUUGGAAUUCGACGAUAUGCGGGUUCUCAGAGAAUGGAUUGGAUCAUGAGAGUUAUAGUUUGUUGGGGAAGAUUUUAGAGGGUGAGGAAGUUCUAGUACCGGAUGUUGCUAUGUUGGUGACUGUAUUGCCUUUGUGUGCUGGGAAUAGAGAAGUAAAUAUGGGGAUGAUGAUUCAUAGUUUGGUAGUGAAAUUGGGGCUGAACCAGGAAUUAAUGGUGAAUAAUGCAUUGACAAUUACAUUCAUAUAG